GGUGACACAAAGUGCAUUUAUAAAUAAAAAUUUUAAUCCUUGCAAAUGAUAUUCUUAUACAGAACUUUUUUUCGAUAAUCUACUACAUAGAAUGGGUACGUACCCCAACCAGAGGCGAUAGUAUAGUUGAUCUAAUAUUUAGUAGAGAUGUCAUCCCACUAUCUGUAAAAGUAUACCAUGAAUUUGAAAGCAGUGACCAUAAGACAGUAGUCUGCGCUCUCCUUAUCUAUGCCUCUUAUAAUCGACCCAUUCAAAAAACCUGUCAAUAAAGAGACUAUAAGCAUGCUGACUGGGACCUCUUGGAUUCACUGAUUAAACAUUCAGAAUGGGAUAACUUUUUUUCAUGUAACAGUCUCAUGGAUGCUAUCGACGAAUUCUAUCUGAUCGUUAACUCUUGUUUAGAUUCCUGUGUACCUCUUAAAACGUACAGGUUUAGUAAAACUUACGAAUUAUAUAUACCAGCUAAAUAUCGUAAUAAGCUAAGACGCCUACAGAGUCGUUAUUUUAAGUCAAACGACUUCACGGCAGUUGCACAAAUAACAAUAAUUUUUAAUUAAAUUAAAGAGAAACAUAGUUUAAAAGCCAUUAAUGAGGAUAUACUAGCACUUAAUACUAACUCAAAAGUACAUAAAAUUAACUCUCCUUUUCAAUAAACGCGCUAAUGCAACUCAAAAUGUUGAUAUACCAUGCAUCCAGCAUAAUAGCACUUUUAUAUACGACUCUAAAACCAUGGCCGACCUUUUCAGUAGUAUAUUCGCGAAUAGUGUAGAAAACAUAAGUGGCUAUGCUUCAAGAGUUAUGUGCGUGACUAGCAACUCAAUAAAAUUUAUCUCCUUCACAUGCAUGAAAAUUAAUAAGGCUAUAAAUACCCUUAAGCUUUCGAAAGGUCAUGGGGUAGACGGGAUUUCAUCAUUUCUCUACAAAUAUGGUGGUCCAGAUAUUCAACUUCUUCUUCUAAAGCUGUUUACUCUCUCUAUGGAAACCGGUUCUUACUCUUACUGUUGGAAAACCGCGUACAUCAUACCUCGUUACAAAUCUGGAGAUAAGACUGGCAUGAACAAUUACCGGCCAAUAAAUAUUACUCCAGUUGUUUCUAGGAUUAUGGAAAAAAUUAUAAGUGAUGAACUUUCCAACUAUUUACUUGCUGAAAAAUUUAUCAAUGAUACUGAACAUGGAUUUCUUAAAAAUCUUUCUUGCAUGACGUGUCAUUCUGACUUAUUUAAUUUAGUCUAUUCUCUAAGUAGCCAAGGAUAUCUAGUCUUAGUGCUAUAUCUGGACAUUUCUAAAGCCUUUGACAUGGUUAGCCAUCAACUUCUUAUAGGUAAGCUCGCAUCUUAUAGGGUUUAAAAUCCUUUGCUAGCUUGGCGUGAUUCCUUUCUCAGCAAUCGACAUCAAAUAGUUAAAAUUAAGUCUU